AUGUCUGACUCUCCAGAUACCCUGCCACAACAAAGCGAAGCCUCCUCCUCUUCGGCCACCGCCUCAUCCUCACGGCGCCCCAUCAAGGGCAAAAGCGGCGGGCCGGGCAAGAAGGGCAAGAUCUUCUCCGAGUCCCUCGGCCUCUCGCACCUUCUCUCUCUAGCCUCUGCAGCUGGAUCGACCGAGGAAGAUCGAAACUCGCAGAGGGCAGAGAAGAACCGGGAGAGUGCACAGUGGAAGAAGAAGAAGAGAAUGGAGAAGAACAGCCGGAAAGAGGGGGCGGGAAAGGGCAAGAGCAGUACCUCGGAUGAUCCAUCAUCAGCAGCAUCGCCAGGGCCAGGCGCAGCAGCCCGCACCAAGGCGGUAAUCCGGGCCGAGCUCAAGGCGCAGCGCAGGGAGAAGACAAAGUUGAGAAAGGAGAAGCGCAAGCAGCUCGCAGCAGACGUCUCGGCAUAUGAUUCAGAUGACGAAGAGGCCAAAGCUAGGAAGGUGAAAGGACCACUCAAGGCACAGCCACCCAAGAAGUACAAGACGGUCUCUUUUGCCUAGUCGACUCUGGGCACGGUGAUACGAUAUGCAGGGCGAGACGAGGAAGACAUCUGUAAUUUUAGACAUUGAACGAGCUGCUACUAUCCAUCUAUCACAGCUUGCCAGGCCCGCUUGUGGCUGAGGAAGACGGGGACCAGCUUAGCUCCAUGUACUCCACCUUCAGCGGAGUCACCGGGGGCAGAAAGGUUCCAUCUGCUCCUGUGCACUUGACCUUUGACUCUGCGCCGAGCUUGUGCAGAUGGAGGAAGAUGCCCCUGGCUGCUGCUGGAUAGAGGGCCUCGGGAUCUAGAAGGAGGAUCAGAUGAUGAGGGGAACGUCAGUCUCACGAACCCUCGACUGA